AUGGCUUCAACCACGACCACUCCCGUUGUUACCCCCUUUUCCCAUCCCGAGGGCUCCAACCUCGACUUUGGAGCUACAGUAACAGGAGUCGACAUUGAGAACUUGACUGAUGCCGAUUUCACCAUCCUCCGCACCGCCCUCUUCACCCACCAAGUCCUCGUCAUCAAGUCCCAAUCUCACGUCACCCCUCGCGCCCAGUACGAGCUCACCCAGCGCUUCGACCCUCUCGCCGCCCCCCUUUACGGCCACGGCAACGACGGCAAUAAGGCCUCGGUCGCCAGCAAAUCCAUCCUCCACCCCGACCUCAAAACCAUCCCCCACCAGCCCCAAGUCCAAGUAAUUGGCAACGGCUUCGUGCCGUCCUACGAGGGCCUCACCAACAUCCAGCUCCGCCACCCUCACCACCGCACCUUCCACUCCACCUCCAUCCCGGACUCGUACGACCUCACCCACACGCGCUUUUAUAGAUGGCACAUCGACGCCGCUUUGUACGGAGGCGUUGCCCGCGCUCCACCUGUGGUGACCACGCUCUUAGCCGUCAAGGUUCCCAAGGGACGCAGACAGACGUGCGUCUAUGACGAUGGAACGGGCGACGAGCUGGAUGUCCCACUUGGCACCACGGCUUUUGUGUCAGGGUACAAGAUGUACGACAUCCUCUCGGAAACCCAAAAGGCGUUUGCGCGCUCGACCAAGGUCGAGUACGCGCCGCAUCCGUACGUGUGGAUGUCCUCCGCCAAGUCACGCAGUACCGGUCUCGGUUUGGUGUCCGAGGGCAAGGAGAUGCCGCUGGAAGAACUGCCGGAGAUCGAGCAAGACAAGAUCCAGAUCUUGCCCAUGUGCUGGCGCAACCCCGUUACGGGCAAGCUGGCGCUGCAGAUUCAUCCUAGCGCGGUCAGGAGGCUGCAUUUGGCGGAUGGAAGCGUGAUGGAGGACUUGAAGCAGGUGAGGGAGAUUGUGUAUGAAUUACAGAGGCCGGGAAUUGCACCCGACUGCGUGUAUGCGCAUGAUUGGGAGGAAGGAGAUCUGGUGAUUUUCCAUAACAGGGGCACGUUGCAUAGUGUUGUGGGAGCGUUUGCGGAGAGUGAGGUGAGGCUGUUUAGGCAGUGUAAUAUUGCUGGGAGCGAGUUUCCUGAGGGACCGGAGGAGCUGGAGCAUGAGGAACAGGAGGAAGGGGUUGUGGAGGUUAUCUCUACGGAGCAGGAAAAGAUUUCUGGCUUGAGGGUGGGAGCGGUGGAGGUUGGUGUUGUUGCCUGA